CAAUCCUAUGAGCCGCCGCAACACCAUUCCGCCAUGGAGGUCGUCUUUAGAUCCGCGAGGAGGAGAAAGCUUGAGGAAGAGGAAGAGCGCAUCGACUACAUCAGUUGCCUCCCUGAUUCCAUCAUUGAAGACAUCAUAUCCCUUCUUCCCACCAAGGAUGGUGCCCGCACGCAGAUCCUCUCCUCUCGCUGGCGUGAGAUCUGGAGUUCCGCCCCUAUCAACCUUGACCUCAACCUCAACCUCGAUCAAUCCCCUAUUCCCAGGUAUAUCCCCACCAGAGUAAUCUUAAGCAUCCUCUCCACACAUCAGGGCCCGAUCCGCCGCUUGUCCAUCCCUGAGGUCUACCUAAACUAUAAGGACAACGCUGCCUUGACCUUGGAUAGGUGGCUCCAGUCCUCUACCCUUGAUAAACUACAAGAGCUUGAGUUCCAACAUGACCACCAUUGUGGGUGGAUCGCACCACUACCACCACUUCCUAUAGCGGUACACCGCUUCUCAUCAAACCUUCGUGUUGCAAGCUUCGGUGGUUGUAGUUUCUUGGGUGGAAAUAGUGCCAACAGGCUCCACUUUCCACUUCUCAAGAACUUGAGCCUUUCCAAUGUCAACAUCUCAGAGAGUUCUCUACAGUCCUUGCUUGAUGCUUGCCCAGUCUUGGAGAGCUUGCUACUAAUUGGCAAAAUGGGUUGCUCACGUGUCCAAAUUGUGUCGCCGACCCUUAGAAGCAUCGGUGUGCGUCCUGGUUUUUUAGACUCUGUGUUUCCACAACUCAUUAUUGAGGAUGCCCCUUGUCUAGAGAGGUUACAUCAUUUUCAAAACUUUGAUGGCAAGAAAAUCUCCAUCUCAGUGAUCUCAGCACCUAAGUUGCAUGUUUUGGGGACAAUAUCUACUCAUCAUGACUUUAGUGUCAAGUUUUUCACCAUAUUUUUUCAGGGAGCACAUUUUGUUAGCUUGAUGACAGUGGUGCACAAUGUGAAGGUCUUAGCAUUAGCACAAAAGCAUCUUAGUUUGGACGCAGUUAUUGAGUUUCUGAAAUGUUUUCCUUGCUUGGAGAAAAUAUACAUCAAGACAAAAAUGGCAGGAGAGAAAAAUCUGUGGUCUCAUAAACAUAGGAAUUUUUUUGGGACUUGUGAAAUUCGUUUGAAGAAAAUUGUGUUGACAAACUAUCGUGGCAACACAUCACAUGUUAACUUUGCCAAGUUCUUUGUUUUGAAUGCGAGAAUGCUAGAGUCCAUGAGGCUUGAGUUAUUUGAUGGAAAUCCCAGCAGUGCAUGGAUUGACAAACAACACAAAUUGCUCAAAUUAAAAAAUAAGGCUUCAAGAGAUAUGCAUCUUGAUCUUGUGUCUAAUUACCGCUUGCUUCGGCCUUAUCCCUUUGUAUGUGCCGAGCAAGUACAUGAUUUGUCAACAGCCGACCCCUUCCAAAGGCUUCAUGACUGGGUCCUUCAAUGACUAUAAUAACCUCUUGUCCUGACUUGGAGGCACAAACUGCAAGCUCAUCAGGUUCUACUUGUCAGCGAACUCUGAAUUGAAAUGUUGGGAACUAUAGUUGAACCACCUCCUCAGAGAAGCAGAAAAGCAUGAUGUGUUUUGAGGAUCUGAACAUGAAGUUUCUUUUGUGACGUCACAGCUCAAUUGGGUGACUGAUGAAAAGAUCGACAGUGAGCCUUAUUAAGAUGGAGUGAUAUAAAGCCCUCUAAGCACGAUGCACUAUGCUGCGUGCCAAUUAAUAUUGAUUGACAUUCCUACAUAUCCUACAAUGCUGAAACGUGAAAACAUUACAAUGCUAUUUGCUAUUUUCCCAUGUUGUAUGCUAUUUCAUAAGUUUGGAUACUUCA